ACCCGUAAAGAAAUUAUAGAAAAUUUUCCCUAUAUGAAUAAGUUUCUCUCAAAGCAACUUGGUCUACAGUCAGACUCAGACGUUCAUAAUCUAUUAACGUCACCCUGUAGGCAUUGAGUUGAAGUAGUACCGCACGCAAACCACCAACAAUUAACACCCAUUGUAUUCACCAAAAGAAAAAAAAAAACACAACAAUCUUCGAAUUGAAGAGAGAAAGACAGACAGAGUAGUAGUGAACGAAAUGCAGGGCGCAGGGGUAACCUUUGUAAUGGUUGUGGUUCAGGUCUUGAGUGUGGGUUUGAACACUAUGAUCAAAGCAUCAUUGUCCAAAGGGAUGAGCAUUUUUGUUUUUGUUGCGUAUUCAAACCUUUUCGCAUUCUGUUUUCUGCUUCAAGCAACCACAAUUCGUCACAGAAACAGAGCUCCCACACCGAUCAAUAAUUCCAUACUCUUCAGGAUUUUUGUUCUUGGCUUGCUCAGCGUUUCCAUACAGACGCUCAUUUAUACUGGACUUGGGUAUAGCUCUCCCACUCUGACGUCAACCAUGGAGGAUCUUAUUCCAGCUUAUACUUUCAUAAUUGCCAUUAUUUCCAGGAUGGAAAAGUUGGAUCUAAAACUACAAAGCUGCCAAGCAAAAUCCAUUGGGACUGUGAUCUCAAUUGCUGGAGCAUUAAUUAUGACCUUAUACAAGGGAUUGCCUAUGACAAGUGAUGUGAUGCCAAACAAUGUUUUUCUUUCAUCUCAACAAUCCAAAUGGCUACUAGGAGGAUUUCUCCUUGCAGUUGGUUGCUUUUUUUGUUCAAUCUCGCUUGUUAUUCAGACAUGGACUAUCAAAGACUACCCUGAGGAGCUAAUGUUGAUAACCAUUAGUACCAGUCUCUCUGUUAUCCUAUCUUUCAUAGUGGCUUUCAUUGCAGAAGAAAAUCCUAAGGCAUGGACACUUAAACUUGAUAUGGAGUUGGUGUGCAUACUUUAUUCAGCAAUUUUUGUGAUGUCUACACGAAAUGUGGUGAAUGUAUGGGCGUGUCGAAAGAAGGGGCCUGUAUAUGUUGCUAUGUUCAGUCCUUUAGGGAUUGUCAUAGCACUUGCCAUGGGGAUUGUAUUUUUGGGAGAUGCUUUAUAUCUUGGAAGUUUGAUAGGAGCUGCUAUAAUAGCUAUUGGGUUUUAUGCUGUAACAUGGGGCCAGGCUCAAGAGGAAACAAUGGGUUACGAAAAGCAUGGAACUUGUAGCAUUAUCUCAUCGCCUUCUUCUGAAACCCCUCUAUUGCUGAACAAAAGCAAAGAUUCAAGUUAUUUUGUUUGAUAGCAUGCAGAGUUCGAGGAUACUUUAUGCCAUGAUGGGUACAUUACGGGACAACUAUGUGAAUUUUUAUCGUAAACAUUGUCACUGUAUUAGAUACGACAUUAGUAUUGACGAAUCGUAGCUGGCAGGUGGCAAGUUGUUAGCUAGGUCACUAAUUAACAAAUAUGUUUCCUCUCCAUUGCCCUUGCUAUUUCCUGAAGAAAAUAUCUGACACA